AUGUGCGAAUAUCGGAUGAUUAAUUUAAUAAUUUUACUCCUGAUCUCGGUAUUAAUACGAGGAUUUGUUAGCGCCCAACCGGAACUGCGUGGCUUGUUGCCUGAACUAUGCACUUUUGCUGAGCAAAGAUGUCCCAAUCCGCAUAUUACCUUCUGGCUUUACACCAAUCAAUCUCGCGAUCAGCCCAUCCAAGUGGAUCCACUUAAUCCCUUGCCGGAGCUCUUCGAGCCCCGCUUACCGCUCAAGAUCCUCAUACAUGGAUUCAUUGGUAAUCGGAGUCUGACACCUAAUCUGGAAGUGCGUGACAUUCUGCUACAGAGUCAACCGGUUCAUGUUAUUUCCGUAGACUACGGUCAGCUUGUGCGUUUUCCCUGCUAUUAUCCUUGGGCUGUGCAAAAUGCUCCCAUUGUGUCCAAGUGUCUGGGUCAACUGAUUAACAAUCUAUGGACAACGGGCAUAUAUAAACGUAGUGACAUACACUUGAUUGGCUUCAGUCUGGGAGCCCAGGUAGCCGGCAUGACUGCCAACUAUGUCAAUGAUCCAUUGCCGCGAAUCACCGGCCUAGAUCCAGCUGGUCCUGGUUUCAUGUUCAGUUCAGACGAGCACAAGCUCGAUCGCAGUGAUGCCGACUUUGUGGAUAUCAUUCAUACUGAUCCAUUUUUCUUCUCCCUGCUGCCACCAAUGGGUCACGCCGAUUUCUAUCCCAAUUUAGAUCAAUUCAAUCAACGUGGCUGCUCUUACGUAACUCAAUGGCGCUUCUACAAUUGCAAUCAUUAUCGUUCGGCCAUAUACUAUGCCGAAUCGAUAAUGACCGAACGCGGUUUCUGGGCCCAACAAUGCGGCGGAUGGUUUGACUUCUUUACACAGCGUUGCAAUCACUACACCAAUAUGCCCAAUAUGCAAAUGGGCUACUUUGUCUCAGAGAAGGCCUCUGGUUCCUAUUUUCUUAUAACUCAUGAAAAAUCGCCCUUUGCCAAGGGACCACUUGUCGAUAUAGAAAUGGAUAUAGUCGAAUAA